GCGGGCUCCCGGAUCGAUAUGAAGCGAAUGAGACUACCUCUCCCGGGAAGUGAGCCCCAUUCAGGGGCAAAUAGCCCAGACCGGUCGCCCUCAAGGGAGGCAGUGCAGAUCGUCCUCCUAGAGGCCGACGAGCUCGUGAAAUCAGGGAGCUCCCACAAUUGGGUUCUGGAUAUCUUGGGCAUCCAUGAGCGGACCCAUCGUCGCUCUCUGCUGGCCCUAGCGGAAGCAUUGUUGGUGCCGCGAUCCGACGUGCUGGGGACCAGCGAGAAGUGCAUGAAGAGCUUUGUAGCAUCUGUACACAACAAGUACGAGGAGCACCAGAACCCAUUCCACAACGAAGCGCACGCCGCUGUGGUUUGCCACUCUACGCACUGGCUUUGUGAAAGGAGUAAAUCUUCCUCUGCCAUAGGCAGAGAUAUGCACUUAGCCACCGACAUCGCCGCCCUGGCCCACGAUGUGGGCCACUUCGGGCGAAAUAAUGC